CCGGUUUUGCAAAGCGUCUUGUCUACAUAGUUCUUCACAUAAAAGCGAAAGUAGCAUGGAAAAGAAAAAGCGGCAACAGCAAAGAUCGAUUGCUGAUUUUUUUAACAAAAAAACAAAAGGUUUGAUGCUAUAAUGUAUCAGUUCUUCAGUUAGCAGUUUAUAUAAGUUCUGUUUAGUGCGGUUCCUCUGACUAGUGAUAGCUAGAAGAGUACUUCGCAUAUGCGUGACCAUGCACGUAACAUCCCUCCUUCGAGCACGAAAAAAUGAAACCUCAAGGGAUAGGGAAAAGCCUUAAGAAAUGUGGGAAACAGAAGCUGAACAAAUCUCCACCCCCAAAAGGUGUUGAGAUAAUAGCAGCCAUGUUCAAACAGCAGUCUGCUGGUGUGUCCAGGGGAUCUACAAGCAUGCCUUCGAACGUAGGACAUUCCAGUGAUAACUCCAAUUCGAAUGAUGUAACAGUAGUUAAAGUAGAGAACCCCCUCCGACUGACAGAACAGGACCUACAGCGUCUGGCUUCAUGCUUUGGCAGUGGUUGGGAGAUGUUUGUUGGACAGCUAGGUGUAGGCAGUGAAAAGGUGGACCAGAAGAAAAUUGAAAACCCGACUCAUGUGCCGAGCCAAGUGUACAACUGUCUGCUGGUCUGGUUCAGACAGUGUCCCACACAACCUACCAUCACCGUCUUCGAUCAAACUGUACAAAAUAGCCUAGACUUUUGCACAGUUAACAUGGACAAAUAUGAAACUUUGAAAAGAGAAAUUGAAAAAAGAUAACUAAAACAUUGUGAUAAUAAAAUAAAAACAGUUUUGGACAAAAGAUGUAUGCCUUCUGAUCAACUUCCUAUUCUGAAGUUGUACAAUCCCCAAUUAAAUCCAGAUGUUUCUUUGUGAUUGACAUUUAGAAUAUCAUGACAUUGGAAAGAAGAUUUAAUCAUCUUUUCAACAGCUUUGGCUAGCUAUGUGUAUUUGGGCCAAGGGGACUCAAUUUUGUAUAAACGGGAGGUGUGGCCACCCUGGGGGCAGAGGGGUGGG